CGUUCUGACUUCAGAGCCAGCAACAGCAACGUACUAUAAACAAAGGUUCUACAUUUUUAUGUAAAAUUAGAAAACCAGGCAAAGGAACCAAAACAAGACUGGCCUUUUAACAAUUUGUAAAUAUUUUUUAUAUACUAUACUUGUUUUUAAUAAUAAGCUAUUUUUUUUACUCGGAUUCGUAAAGCAUUUAAAAGGAGCGGGAGAAGAUAUUACUCUCUUUGUUACCACUUCGGAGGACUAGACAAUAAAACCAGUAUUUUGACGGCUGUAAUCUUCGCGGAGAAGGUGAAUUUAGAAAUGGUCAAUAUGGAAAUCGGUUCUAUGGAUUGCAGCACACUGAAAGCACUUUUAGCAGACAGGCCACACAAAUGCCUGAUCUUGGACUGUAGAUCGUUUUUCUCCUACAGCUCGUCACACGUUAUAGAAUCCAGUAAUGUGAGGUUCAGCUCCAUAGUGAAGAGGAGGGCAAAAGGAAGCAUGGGCUUAGAGCACAUUAUCCCUAACGAGGAUCAGAGGAGCCGGCUGAUUGCUGGCAUGUAUGAAGCAGUGGUGUUGCUGGAUGAGAGGACCUCUGACUUGGAAAUGCUAAGGAAAGACAGCACCAUGAUGCUGGCAGUGCAUGCCAUGUGUAGAGACCCAAGAGGAAGCAGGAUCUUCUAUCUGAAAGGUGGCUAUGAAGCAUUUUCCUCUCAAUACCCUGAGUUCCUCAACAAAUGUUCUCCUCCUGUGGGGUUGAGUCUGCCUCUUAGUGCCAACAGUGUGCCAGGCAGUGCUGAUUCCAACUGUACACCUUGUGGCACCCCUCUUUAUGAUCAGGGGGGACCAGUGGAAAUUCUGCCAUUUCUAUACUUGGGCAGUGCUUACCAUGCUUCCAGAAAAGAUAUGCUUGACACCCUUGGCAUUACAGCCCUGAUUAAUGUUUCUGCAAACUGCCCUAAUCAUUUUGAGGAUCACUAUCAGUACAAGAGCAUUCCAGUAGAAGAUAGUCACAAAGCAGACAUAAGCUCCUGGUUUAAUGAAGCCAUUGAAUUUAUAGACUCUAUAAAAAAUAAAGGAGGAAGAGUUUUUGUCCACUGUCAGGCAGGCAUCUCACGCUCUGCUACCAUCUGCCUUGCUUACCUUAUGAGGACCAAUCGGGUAAAACUAGAUGAAGCUUUUGAGUUUGUGAAGCAAAGACGAAGCAUAAUUUCACCAAACUUCAGCUUCAUGGGACAGUUGCUCCAAUUUGAGUCUCAAGUGUUGGCUCCAUCCUGUUCAGCUGAAGCAGGUAGUCCUUCAAUAUCUGUUUUGGACAGAGGAACCUCUACCACAACAGUCUUUAAUUUCCCGGUUUCCAUCCCAGUCCACCCUGCAGCAAGCUCACUGAGUUAUCUUCAAAGUCCUAUCACUACGUCGCCUAGCUGCUAACUUAAAACGACUAAAACACACAGACUAAAUGUGUUCUAUUAAGUGCAAUAGUUCUUUAUUUCAUUGAUCAACAUGGUCAAUUUUUUUGCUUUGAAACCAUCAGGCAACAAAACUUGAUGGACUUUUUUUUUUUUUUUUUUAAAAGAAUCAGAUGAACUGGUGAAACCACAUAGAAAUAACUGACAUUACAUGUUGAUCAGUAUUUUGAAUACUCCUAACCACUAAGGAAGUCAAGAAAGUGGUCACAGUUGCCUUUGGUUUGUCAGACAUUAUUAUAAUCUCCAUUUUAUAGGAGGUUUAUCAGUAUUCUCAUUCCUGAACUUUUUUAUAUUGACGAAGAAAGGCUGCCUCCUACGAAAUGUAAAAUAUUUGGCAUCAUUUAUUUAUUCUGCAAGCUGUGUCCUGCCUUUUUAAAAACCUAAAAGUCAGCUUUUCCAUGAAGCAAAGGAGAAAUACCUCAGUAUUUUUGGUACUGUAAUUCCUGUUUGGAUCUCAAGACCAGCUUCAGUUUCCAAAGCACUGAUGAAUUAAGCACUAGGCCGGAGCCUUCUUCUGAGUUUGCUGUCUGUUGUAUAUGUAUAUAUUUAUAUGUUAUGAAUUUAUUUAUAAUGCAAAAUAAUAUAUUUCUCCUAAGAGAAGAUGUUUUUAAUAAAAACAAUAACUUUUUUUAUACUGAUAAAAUAAAUUAUGACAUUUGUAUUGAAAUUUA